UGGGGUUUUUCGACCGAAAACCUUUGAACCAAACGGAGCCGUCCCGCUUCCCCUCGCCCGCCCACCCUCGACGACCAUCUGCCGUCGACGAGACCUGCGGACCGAGAGCGCUUCACGAGACGUCCGAUCACUACCUCUGUGCCCCGCUGCCGUGCUUGCUGCGACUCGUACCUUCCGAACGAGCCCCGCCACUGCUGCCCAGUCACCGUCACUUCGAUUUGCGGGCCCCAUCCAACGUGCGCAAACCAACUCGCUGCACGUCGACGCCCUCGAGUGAUUGAUCUACAUUGAGCCAUUGCUUGCUGCAUUCGAUUGCCGCCAUGAACACGCAACUUAUGAACUCGGGCUUUGAGAACGGCCUCGGGUCGCUCAACAACGCCACACCGACCUUGGACGAGAACACGACGCUGUCGACCAACGCCGACGAGUGGCGCAACAAGGAGGCGGACCGCAGCGCCCGCCAGCACAUUGCGCGCAUCAUCUUGAGCCUCAUCAUGAAGAGCGCCAACCGUCCAGUCACAAACAACUACAACCCGCGGGAAAUAGCGCGGCGCCUCGAACACACGCUGUACAUGAACUCGGCGUCGCGCGACGAGUACAGCAACCUGUCGACGCUCAAGGUCCGACUGCAGCGCGCGCUCGACAACUCGCGACGAAGGCAGCAAGCCCAGCAGGCUGCCGCGUCGUCGACGCCUGCCGAGACGCCGGCGGCACCGGUCCCGGCCAGCGCCAAGCCCAACACUUCAGCCGCUGGCAUUACAAGCUCACAGGCCCAAGUGAUGCAAAAGGUCGCACAAGCGCAGAUGCAAGCCCAAGCGCAGCUGCACCUACAGGCACAGAUGCAGCUCCUUGCGAAGCAGUCGGCCGCGGCAGCACCGACACCGGCCGCGGCCGCGUCACCGACGGCGUCGACCUCGAACAACAUCUUGGAAGAGCUCGAGCGCGAGGCAGACGAGAUGGCGAAUGCCGGCAUCAGCGACCAGCCGCUCGAAAUGCCCAUGGCCGAGCUCGAGAGCGCUGUGCCGAUGAACAACGUGCCGCUGAGCAUGCCGCUCAACAUGGGCAUGAUGAACAACCGCGUGCCCAUGACGUACGGCAUGAACCUCAACAUGAUGAACCAGACGGCGUACGUGCACCCGACGCAGCUCCAGUUGCAGCAGCUCCAGCAGAUGCAGCUCCAGCAAAUCCAACUGCAAAAGCUCCAGCAGAUGCAGCAGCUGCAGCACCAAAUGCAGCUCAACGCAGCGGCAAACACCCUGCCCAAAGUCGCGACGACAACAACAACAAGCGCGCCGUCGGCGACGACGCCGGGGUUUGCCGUGCCGACGCCGGCCGCGCUCGCGACCGAAGUCACCCCCAAGCAGCGCCGUGAAGAAUUCCGGAAGCGGCUCAUCCAGCUCAAGCACGCGAGGACGUGCCAGCUGCUGCAGUGCGAAGAAGGGUUCUGCGCCAAGGUCAAGGUGCUCCUUUCGCACGUGUCCAACUGCACAGACGCGCAGUGCACGACGAUCGGGUGCAAGUCGACGCGGCAGCUGCUCUCGCACUACCGCAAGUGCCGGGACAUGGCGUGCGACGUGUGCUCGGCGAUCCGCACGCAGAAUCCCGCGAGCCAAGCAUAUGUGCUUCGGCGGCAGCAAGAGCGGCUGUGCAUGCUGCGCCACGCCAGCACGUGUGCGAUCAUUGGGUGCCCGAUGAACUACUGCGCCGACAUGAAGGUGCUUUGGAAGCACAUUUGCGAGUGCCGGCAGACGCAGUGCACGACCGACCACUGCAUUAGCUCCCGCUACGUGCUGAGCCACUUCAAGCAGUGCCCGAAAUCGGACUGCGGCGUGUGCGUGCCAGUCCGGAACGCCAUCAAGAUCAUCGACAUGACCAAGAACAACCCGACCGAGCUCCAGGCGCUUGCGAACGCCUGCACGAACGACGUCAAGGUGCUCAUCCGGCAGAUGACGACGACUCCGAUCCAGGCGUCGGACGCGCUCGACCCGUCCGAGACGGCCAAGCCCCUUGUGAUCCCGUCGGCGUCGCCAGCGCUCCUAAAGAACAACAGCUUGGGCCAGCUGCCCAUGCCGACAGCAGCGGCCGCCGCGAUGCAGAACAAGCUCAAGCAAACCAAGGCCACGAAAGCCAAGGGACCGUUGCCGGCGGUGCCGCCGACGGCGGCCAAGCCCAAAGCUCCCGUGCCGACCGCCAAACCGCCCGGCGAGGACGCCAAGACUGCCAAGAAGAAGGACCCCGGACUACCAGGCUUGUCGCCCAACGUGCCGCCAGCGCUGACGCCGAUGACGGCGCCGGCUCUUGUUGCGUCGCCGGGGCCCGGGAAAGCCAAGGCGCCGGCCAACGAGAAGGACAAGAAGAUCCGGCGCAAGGAGCAGGCGCGCAUUGCAAAAGAGCGGGUCAAGGCCAAGCAAGACGACCCCAAGCCGCCAGUGUCGACGCUCGUGAUCACGCCGUCGGCGGUGCCCGGGUCUGUCGUGUCGAGCACGCCGAGCACGCAAGACAUUUCGUACCUUGACUCGAUGUCGGAGGCGCAGUUGGACGAGCACAUUCGGUCGCUGCGGUUCAACUUUUGCGGGCACAUCACGAUCGUCGAGCUCAAGAACCGACUGCUGCCACUGCUCACAAGUCUCAUGGAGACUGAGAGCGGAUGGGCGUUCAACCACCCCGUGGACCCGGUCCAGUGGAACAUUCCGGAUUACCUGGACGUGAUCAAGUGCCCGAUGGACCUCGGGACGAUCAAGAAGCGCCUCGAGGCCGAGCACUAUGUGAGCGUCGACUCGUUUGCGUCGGACGUGCGCUUGACGUUUGAGAAUUGCAUCGCGUACAACAGCAGCACCAACAAGUUCAACAUUGCCGCCAAAGCGCUGCUUGCGCAGUUUGAGACGGACCUCGCGGCGCUCAAGACGACGCUCGAGGACGAGCUCAACAAGCGCUGCGAGCUCCGGCGCGAAGAAAUGUGCCAGCUCUGCGGCGGCGACUCGUUCAAGUUUGCGCCGUGCAUGCUCUUUUGCUCGGGGCCGUGUGCCGGGCGCAUUCGGCGCCAUACGCACUAUUACAGCGACCCGCGCGGCGAGUACCAUUGGUGCUCGGGCUGCUACAAGCAGAUGAAGGACGGGCCGCUCGACAUGAGCUUGCUCCCGGCGUCGACGAAUGCGUCGGGCGAAGAGCCGCUCAAGACCAUCCUUCUCAAGGCGCACUUGCUCAAGAAGAAGAACAGCGAGGUCGCUGAGGAGCCGUGGGUCGAGUGCGACAGCUGCAAGUUGUGGUACCAUCAGAUCUGCGGUCUCUUCAACGAGCGCAACCAUGCGAUUUCGGGCGAGCAAGAGCCAUUUGUGUGUCCGUUCUGCACCAAGAAGCAGCGGCAGCAAGGUGCGCCGACGUCGACCAAGCAGCCGCUCCAAGCGAGUCGGCUCCCGGUGACGCGCAUGGCGACGCGGAUCGAAAAGCGCGUCGUCGACGCGCUCGCCAAGGCCCAAGAAGAAGAAAUGUCGCGGCUCGGGUCACUCGGCAACAUUGAGAGCGACGGCAGCAGUGCGCUGCAUCCCAAGUCGGAGACGCCGACGCCGUCGUUUGCCAUCACGAUCCGCGAGGUGCUCUCGGUCGACAAGCAAGUGCAAAUGAAACCGCGCAUGGCCAAGAUGUUUGCGCUCAAAGGGUCGCCCAAGGCAAGCGAGGCGAGUGGGACCAAGCGCAGCAAGAAUGCGAGCGAGAGUGCGUCGGCCAAGAAGGCCAAGCUCGACGAGUCCAACAAGGCCAAGAAGGUGGCCAAGAAGACCGACAAGUUUGAGCUGACGUACCGGUCGCGCUGUAUUUGCGUCUUCCAGGAGCUCGACGGCGUCGACGUGCUCAUCUUUACGUUGUACGUGCAAGAGUAUGGCGAGCAGUGCGCUGAGCCCAACCGCGGCCGCGUCUACAUCUCGUAUCUCGACUCGGUCGCGUACUUUCAACCGAAAAAGUUCCGCGUCCUCAUGCACCAGCAAGUGAUCCUCGGGUUUUUGGACGACGCCAAGAUGCGCGGGUACCACACGGCGCACAUUUGGUCGUGCCCGCCGCUCAAAGGCGACGACUACAUCUUCUUUUGCAAGCCCGAGAACCAGAAGAUCCCCAAGGCCGCGCGGCUGCGGUCGUGGUACUCGAAGCUGCUCCAAGGCGCCAAGAAGGAAGGGCUUGUGUACAACAUCUCGAACCUCUACGCCGAGUACUAUGUCAAGAAGAAGACUGCGCUCGAGUUGCCGUACUUUGAAGGCGACUACUGGCCGCGGCUCGCCGAAGACCUCAUCAAGCAAGUCGAAGACAAGGCGAGUGGCAAGGGCAACGGCAAGACGUCGGGCAAAGCGUCGUGCAAGACGGACGAGGUGGCGCCGUCGGCGUCGCCGCCAACGACAUCGUCGACGCCGACCGAGACGCACAGCGACGCGGCAACGACCGCCACCGCGAGUGCGGUCGCCAAGCCCGUCAAGACCAAAAGCGAAGUCAACAACGACCCGAUCAUGCAAAAGCUCAAGGCGAUCCUCGAGCCGCAGAAGGAAGACUUUUUUGUUGUCGACCUGCAUCCGCGCUGCCACAAGUGCACCUCGUCGGUGAUCAACAAGAUGUUUUGGGCGCUCAAGACGCUGGCGCCGCCCGAUGCCGUCGACAACGUCAUUGAGGGACUGAAGAAGGCCAAGUCGGCGCAACUCAAGUCGUCGAUGGUACCCCGGCACUACACGCACUACUACUGCGCGCCGUGCUACGAGAGCUCGAAAACAAGCCUCCUCGCGCGCGUCGAGGCCGCGGCCGCCGGUGCCAAGAAAGCCCAAGAGCUCUUGGCGCUCGUGAGCGCUGCGUCCGACCCCGCUUCGUUCAACUACAACGCGUGUGCCAUCGAAGUCCAGGACCUCAAGUUUGAACUCUCGCUUUCGUGUGUCACAAGCUCGCUCCUGCCCGAUCAAGAGACUGGCGCCGACCACCCGAUGGUCGAGACCGCGCUCGAGCCCGACGAAGAUGCGCUCAUGCCGUGCGAGAUCUUCGACACGCGUGAAGCGUUCCUGAUGUACUGCCAGAACAACCACUGCCAGUUUGACCAAGUGCGCCGGUCCAAGCACUCGAGCAUGAUGGUACUGUACCACCUCUUCAACCAAGGCACGACGGGCUUUACGUUCUCUUGUGCGAAAUGCGCGAUGACGCUCACAAGCGGCCACCGCUGGAACUGCUCGAUCUGCCUCAACUUUAACCUCUGCGACGGCUGCCGCGGCAAGGCCAAGCACGAACACCCGCUCCAUGCAUUCCACAUUGUGUCGAUCCCGCAGCCAAAGUACAAGACGUCGGCCGAGACGGACGCGCUCAACGCACUGCCCGCGCCCGCGCCGCUCCAGCAAAAGAAGAAGCAAAAGAAGCAGCCGGCGGCCAAGAAGGGCAAGGGCAGUUUGAAGAAGACGACCAAGACAGAGCCAGUGCCGGCCGCGGUACUGACGCCCGCGCCCGACGCGACACAGGUCGUGCCCAAAGUCGAGCCCGUGGCCGCGCCGGCCGCCACGCCGCCUCCGCAGCAACCGCAGCAACGGAUCGUCGACCCGCAGCUGCUCGUGCAGCUCGAGCACGCCAGCUUGUGCCAAGUGGGCGACGCAUGCACGUACGUCAACUGCAACCGGAUGCGCGCGAUGCUCAAGCACGGCGCGACGUGCGAGGCGCGCAAGCUCGGGCCGUGCCAGCUCUGCAAGCGCAUCGUCGGGCUCCUCUCGGCUCACGCCAAGCAGUGCACCAAGCCCUUGAACGAGUGCAAGGUGCCCCGCUGCACGGAGAUCCGACGCCUCGUGCAGCAGCACCAAAUGCGCGCCGCGGCCGCCGACACCAAAAGCGAACCGGCGGCGUCGACCUAGCGUGGAUGGCUGUAACUUAUUUAUCACAAUUUGUGGUGUACGUCCA